AAACUCUACCGUGCCCGCCAAAUUCCCGCCCAAAUAGUCGAAAAGGGUACUGAUGGGUUUCGAAAUCAGUCGCUCGACCACCGCAAGCAAGAGAGAUGGAGGAACCCAAGGUGGCCGGCCUCCGGACCCGAGGCCGCGGCUCAGAUGCUUCCGUCCGUUCCGCCGCCCUCGAACGCCUCAAAGCCCUCCGUAGCUCUGGGGGUCGCAGAUCCGAUGCUGGCGCCGCCCUACAGGUCAAAAUGGAGGCCCCCAUCUACGACGUGGUCGAAGAGGAUGACUACGCCGCCCUCGUCGCCAGCCGGCGUGAGAAGGCCAGUGGCUUUAUUGUCGAUGAUGAUGGACUCGGCUACGCCGAUGACGGCCAGGAGGAGGAUUGGUCCAAUCCCAACCUCGUUUAUUCUUCCGGCGACGAGGAAGAACCCUCGGGCGGCGAGGAAGAACAGCCCAAGAGGAGAAAGGCGCCGAAGAUGGAUCCUGCGCUAAAGAAGCCUCCUCCUUCCUCGCUUACGGCGGCUGCCGCUAUGAUGGGCAAGCAACGACUCUCUUCGAUGUUUACGUCCUCAAUAUUCAAGAAAAACGAUCGUGUUAAAGGGUCUUCUAUGAGUUCCGAAAGCAUUGUGGACGAUGUAAUAGCUGAAUUUGCGCCUGAUGAGACAGAUAGAGAGAAAAGGAGGCGGAAUGCUGUCAAUAAUGUGGCUCCAACUACUAUUACGACACUGCCGGUGGUCCAGAUUAAGGCUGAAAUGCAACAACCUCUUGCCAUCAACAGUUAUAAUGUUGAAUUUAAGCCCAGUGAUGAGGAACCAUUGGUCAAAUCAGGGGAGUGCCAAGCAAACGAUGACAAAGGACAAGUGAAAGAUGUAGACAUGGAAACACAUGGGAAGGAUUUGGCUAGCAUGGCCGUACCAGCUAGUAAUGAGAGUUUAAAUGAGGCAAAUAACGAAGCCAAUUUGCAUGCAAAAAUGGAGGAUCCAAAAAGGUCAUCUCUGAAUGCUACAAUCAAGGUGGAAAAUGAUGGAUCCAUGAUAAGUGCAACUGCUGACUGGAGGGCAGUAUGUCAUGAUGGGGGUGUUGGGCCUGAAGGUGAAGUUACUGAAACAAAGGCCAAUUUUGACUCAGAUGAUAAGUUUGAGUUUACCUUGGAAGCCGAUGGAUCACUUCCAUUUUACAUAAUCGAUGCACAUGAGGAAACAUCUGGUGGUAAUUCUGGUAUUCUGUACUUAUUCGGAAAAGUUAAAGCUGGCAGUGGUUAUCAUAGUUGUUGCAUCAUUGUGAAAAACAUGCAAAGAUGUGUUUAUGCCAUUCCAAAGGAUUCUGUUUUUGACAGCAUAAACAUAGAUGGGAGAAAUUCUCCUAAGUCUCAAAUGUCAGAAGCAACUCUCGGAGAAACUCUGCAAGAUAUGGCAUCAGAAAUGAAGAAUGAAGUUGCACAACAUUUGCUUGAUAUAAACGUGUCAACUUUUAGCAUGAUGCCAGUUAAGCGAAACUAUGCAUUUGAACGAUCAGAUAUUCCUUCUGGCGAGCAGUAUGUUCUUAAGAUCAACUACCCAUUUAAGGAUCCGCCACUUCCAGCUGAUCUUAGAGGGAAAAAGUUCCUUGCAUUGCUUGGAACACACACAAGUUCCUUGGAGUUGUUUAUCAUCAAAAGGAAGAUCAAGGGGCCAUCAUGGUUGUCAAUUUCCAAAUUUAUGAUAUGUCCAGCUGGUCAACGGGUGAGUUGGUGCAAGCUUGAAAUAAUUGUUGAUUGUCCCAAAGAUAUACGUAUCUCCACUUCAAAGACACUGUUAGAUCCUCCUGUGGUUGUUACAGCAAUAAAUUUGAAAACUGUUAUCAAUGAAAAGAAUAAUGAAAAUGAAAUAGUGACAGCUUCAGUUGUCUGCUGUCACAAGGCAAAGAUUGAUGGUCCUAUGGUGCCAUCAGAAUGGAAGAACAGGGGAGCACUUACUCAUUUUUCGAUUGUCCGCAAACUAGAAGGAGGCAUAUUUCCGAUGGGUAUGACGAAGGAAGUUUCUGAAAGAAAUUCAAGGGCUGGGACAAGUACAUUGGCAUUAGAAAGCAGUGAACGGGCAUUACUGAACCGUUUGAUGAUUGAACUGAAUAAAUUGGAUAGUGAUGUUCUUGUUGGACACAAUAUAUCUGGGUUUGACCUUGAUGUUCUUCUACGCAGGGCUCAGGUUUGUAAGGUACCAAGCGCAACGUGGUCCAAGAUUGGCCGCCUGAAGCGAUAUUCAAUGCCUAAAUUGACAAAAGGAAGUGGUUUCUAUGGAUCUGGAGCUACUCCUGGAAUUAUGUCUUGCAUUGCAGGUCGUCUCCUAUGUGAUACCUAUUUGUGCUCAAGAGACCUCCUGAGAGAGGUAAGUUACUCCUUGACUCAACUUGCAAAAACACAACUAAACAAAGAUAGGAAGGAGAUUUCUCCACAUGAUAUUCCUUCUAUGUUUCAGUCCACAACAAUGCUACUAGAAUUGGUCGAGUAUGGUGAGACUGAUGCCUGGCUUUCUCUAGAAUUGAUGUUUCAUCUUAGUGUUCUCCCCCUCACUCGGCAACUGACAAAUAUCAGUGGCAAUCUUUGGGGAAAAACUCUUCAGGGUGCCAGAGCACAAAGGGUGGAGUACCUCUUAUUACAUGCAUUUCAUGCAAAAAAGUACAUCACACCAGACAAAAUCUCUUCACGCACUAAAGAGCUUAAUACAACAAAGAGAAAAUCAAUCAACUGUCAAGAUGGAGAUGAAGAUGGUGCAACAAAGGACCAUGAAUCUAUAGAUAUUGAUGCACAUCACAUUGAUCAAAGCAAAGGAAAAAAAGGUCCUGCCUAUGCUGGUGGGUUGGUUUUGGAGCCUAAAAAGGGUUUAUAUGACAAGCUUAUACUACUUCUUGACUUCAACAGUCUUUAUCCUUCAAUAAUUCAGGAAUAUAAUAUAUGCUUUACAACAGUCGAGCGAUCUCCUGAAGGCCUUAUUCCGAAUCUUCCAUCUUCUAAAAUUCCUGGGGUGUUACCUGAGUUGCUGAGGGACUUGGUUGAGAGAAGAAGAAUGGUUAAAUCAUGGCUUAAGACUGCUUCUCGUCUGAAAAUUCAGCAGCUUGAUAUUCAACAGCAAGCGCUGAAACUUACUGCCAACAGCAUGUAUGGUUGCUUGGGCUUUUCUAACUCUAGAUUUUAUGCCAAACCACUUGCCGAGCUGAUAACGCUGCAAGGGAGAGAAAUCUUGCAAAGUACUGUUGAUCUAGUCCAGAACAACUUGAACUUGGAGGUGAUCUAUGGGGAUACAGACUCAAUCAUGAUUUACAGUGGGCUGGAUGACAUAAAUAAGGCAAGGGCAAUUGCUGGCAAAGUGAUCCAAGAGGUUAACAAGAAAUAUCGUCGCCUAGAAAUUGAUCUUGAUGGUUUGUACAAGAGAAUGCUUCUAUUGAAAAAAAAGAAAUAUGCUGCUGUCAAAGUGCUAUUCAAGGAUGGAAUGCCAUAUGAGGUCAUUGAACGCAAAGGCCUUGAUAUGGUUCGCCGUGAUUGGAGUUUGCUUUCAAAAGAAAUAGGAGAUUAUUGCCUCAGACAAAUUUUAUCUGGAGGAACUUGUGAAGAUGUUGUUGAGUCUAUUCAUAGUUCUCUCAUAAAGGUGCAAGAAGACAUGAGAAAUGGUGAAGUAGCACUUGAAAAGUAUGUUAUCACAAAAACAUUAACAAAGCCGCCAGAAGAUUAUCCAGAUGCCAAAAACCAACCACAUGUGCAGGUGGCUCUAAGAUUGAAGAAAAAUGGCCACACUGGAUGCUCUGCUGGUGAUACAGUUCCUUAUAUCAUCUGCUGCCAGCAGGAAAAUUUCUCCAGUUCUACUGGAAUAGCUCAAAGAGCUAGGCAUCCUGACGAAUUGAAAAGGGAUGGUGGUUGGAUGAUUGAUAUUGACUAUUACUUAUCACAACAGAUUCAUCCUGUUGUCUCGCGGUUGUGUGCUUCAAUUCAGGGUACUAGCCCAGCACGUUUAGCUGAUUGUCUAGGACUUGAUUCAGCUAAGUUCCAAUUUAAAGAACCUGAGUCUGUCGGCCAAGAUCCUUCAAGCGUGCUCUCAGCCAUAAUAGAUAUUGAAGAGAGGUUUCGUGGUUGUGAGCCUCUCAGGUUGUCAUGCUCCAGCUGUUCCAGCACCUUCGAUUGUCCUCCUAUUUCAAGUUUGCUAUCUUCAAUUCACAAGAAGCCAUCUGAUUCUCAAGCAGAAGAGCAAUCAGAUCCUAACUUCUGGCAAAGGAUGCGUUGCCCAAGGUGCCCUGACCAUAUUGAAGGGUGCAAGUUUUCUCCUGCCAUGUUAGCUAAUCAGGUGAAAAGGCAGGCUGACAAUUUCAUUUACCUAUAUUAUAAAGGAUUGAUGAUGUGCGAUGAUGAAAUAUGCAAGUAUACCACACGCAGUGUGAAUCUUCGAGUAAUUGGCGACUCUGAAAGAGGAACAGUUUGCCCAAAUUACCCACACUGCAAUGGCCAUCUCAUAAGACAGUACACGGAGAAAGACCUAUACAAGCAACUAUCUUAUUUUUGCCAUGUCUUGGAUGCUUCUAAUUUUGCCGAGAAGCUGGACCAAAAUGUUAAGCUAUCUAUUGAGAAAGAGCUUGCUGCUAUCCGUCCAGCAGUAAGUCUGGCAGAAUCGGUGAUUCAGAAGAUCCGUGACCGGUGUUCAUAUGGAUGGGUGCAACUUAAGGACCUGUGCAUCUCAGUUUAGUAGGAUCUGUGAAAAUGGUAAUGUCAAUCUCUAUGAUUGGCCACCUUUAAUGACCAUUACUUUAUUCUAACUGGAUCAUGAUAUUCAAUCUCUUAUCUUGUAAGAAUCGUUGCCAUUAAAAAAGCUCUCAGGAAGAAGUUUGCUACAAGUUGACACAGUGGUUCUUGAAGCUUGUCAGAACAAAGGUUUAUAUCAAUCAUAAGUAUUUGGAUGAGCUCAGUCAUUCUUUCGUCAAGAUUUCACUCUUCUGCAAUAUUCUUCCAGCUUAUAUGCUAGUCUGUUAAUAUUCAAUUUUGUUAUUCUACAAUUUGUUUGAACAAAGGACAAACUAAUCCACAUGACUUUGAAAUUUUGUGAAUGUAUGAUCUUAUAUUGUGAAUGAACAAAAACGAGUGCUCAGUGUUUCGUUGUUGAAGUUGCUAUGUCCAAGGCAAACCAAAA